CUUCCAUGGCCUCACACACAAUAUUUUGUAAAAAAAAAAAAGAAGGAAAAGUUAUCGUAUCGUAUCUGGAAGGAACAGAUUAAUUGACUAGCAGUUUGAGAGAGAGAGAGAGAUGGAAGGAACAGAGGGAGAGGGCUCAGGAUCGAGCCGGUACAAUCUGAGACCGUGUCGUCUAAGCAACGAGGACAUUCUUUUCUGCAUUGACGUUGACCCCGAAUCCCUCGUCGAAAUGAAACUCAGCGGCCCUGAUGGCCGACCCGUCACUCGCUUGGACUCCAUCAAGCAAGCCAUCCUUCUCUUCAUCAACGCCAAGCUCACCAUCAAUCCCGAACAUCGCUUUGCCUUCGCCACUCUCAGCAAAUCCCCUGCUUGGCUUCGAAAAGAGUUUAGCAGUGACGUUGAGUCUGCAAGUGAAGCGUUACGGGUACUCUCAGCUACUUCAUCCUCUGGCCAAGCAGAUCUCACCAAUCUAUUUCGUGUAGCAGCACAUGAAGCAAAGAAAUCGCGAGAUAUGAAUCGUAUUCUUAGGGUGAUUCUCAUGUACUGCAGAUCAUCCACAAGACCACAAUAUCAAUGGCCUGUAAACCAGAAGUUAUUCACUUUAGAUGUCAUUUAUCUUCAUGACAAGCCCACAGCUGACAACUGCCCGCAGGAGGUCUUCGAUUCGCUUGUGGAUGCCUUGGAGCAUGUAAGCGAAUACGAAGGCUAUAUCUUUGAGAGCGGUCAGGGGUUACAGCGUGCCCUCUUCCGCCGCAUGUGUACAUUGCUAGCGCACCCUCAACAGCGUUGCGCACAGGACUACCUGGACAUACCCAAGUCUCUCGUGAAAGCAUCCCCUCCAGCAGAAGCUAUGCCUGAGGAUACUGUUCCUGUAUCAAGUCAAUGAUAAUGCCAACAAUCAGUUUGCUUAAUUAGCACAUGUAUUUUGUUGUGUUUGACCUUUUAUGUAUGUGCAAUUUGGUUGAACAAUAGAAGUGGAUGUGAGCUCUUAGGUUGAGUUAGCGACCGAGUUGAUAGUGUCAUGUAUGCAUAUAUUUUAAUAUAUGUUCUUCAUGAGGUUUUGAACUUGUUUUUGAAUCUCGCUGUGCGUAUGUGCUCUGUAGGGGUCUAAUCCUAAUUUGAAGAAGCCGAUAGCAAGUUAGCUGCGGUUGCGAGUUACCCUGGAAAGAAGGAUGCGCUAGUUGUCCGAUCGAAGGGAGUAAUUGGAUCCAAGCGUGUUGUUAGUGUACCCCUUGUAGUUAGCUCUUUGUAAGACGAAUUACAAGAUAAGAUAGUUCAUAUAGUGGGGUUAGACUAUAUUUGACGCGUAAAUGCGUUACAUUUACUUCAUUAACAUCAUCACCGAUCCGCCUGUUUUUUUUUGGCUCCAUAUUGAUCCGCGUGUUGUUCCCACAUGUAUUAUGGCUUGGUUGAUUUGUA